UGUAUUUAAUACAUACACGUUUUUUGGUUAGUUUCCUGCCAAUUUUGGAAAAUUGUGCACCAGAAAGUUAUUGGGCAAACAUUUUGAUUACUUACUCUUCUUUCAUUUUCACGUUGCUUAUCAUUCUUGUAGGUACUGGAUGGCGUUCACGGGUGUUAAAAAAAUUUUGUUGUCGAAGUACAGAUGGCAAACACCAAAGCUAUUGGCGAGAUGCACGAGCAGCGCGGUAAAAGUAAGUGAAACCCCGAAGUAUACUCCAAUAUACAAAUUUUCAUACAUACGAGGAGUCAGUAUGAUUAAUCGCUUAAAAUUUUACCAAACUGGAUUAAGCAUUUUUGCUCCACCUCUAACAUUAAUAUUACACAAAUUAAACUGGGUGAAUUCCGAUGUAGCAUUCGCAACACUUGGUAUAGCGCUUUCAGGGUGUACAUUUCUGUAUAGCCUUGGAUACAUCACAAACAACCUGGUUGGAAUAAUGUACGUUAACAACGCGAAAAGCGACCUUAAGAUUGCUUAUGUGGACUUUUGGGGCCACAGGAAAGACAUCGUAGUUCCAAUAAAAGACAAUGUGCCAUCGUCCGAAAUUUCAGCUUCCCACACAGACAGCGUCUACUGGAAAUUUAAAAACUUGUCCACGCCUCUCGCUUUCAAAAUUAGUACGAAAUUUGGUAAUGUGCUCGAUAAAGAAAUGUUUUGCAAGAUAUUUUCUAAAGAUGUAUAUUAGCAAAUAAAUUAACUCCAUCUAUAGUGAG